AUGUUACCAUGCAUUAACUGGCUGCAGCCUUUCCUUGCCUUGAUCUCCUCCACCUUGCUCACUCGAGGCCACAACUGUCCAUCCAGCUGUUUGUGUCCAGACCACCACACUGUGGACUGCAAAGGCCAAGGUCUAACUAGAGUUCCAGACUCCAUCCCUCUGGAUGUUCGUCGUCUCCUGCUCUCCAAUAACUGGAUUCCUUGGAUCCCCUCUGACUUUCUAGUCCUUUACAGUGACCUGGUCUACCUGGACCUGAGGAAUAACUCCCUCUCCCAGCUUGAGCCAGGGACUCUGAGCACAUCUUCUAGACUGGUCUUUUUGGACUUGGGGAGCAACAACCUGACAGAAAUCUCUUCUGAGACAUUUGGGGAAUCAAGGAGUCUGAUCAAACUACGACUGGGGAACAACCCCUACCUAACCAUGGUAGGCAUGGACGCUUUUACAGGGUUAACUUCUUUGAGGGAACUGGAGCUGGAGCGGAAUGGUCUCACGGUGCUGGAUGUAAGAGUCCUGGAACCCCUGCCCUCCCUCCGGAUGCUGCGUCUUGAGGGCAACCCCUGGCUUUGCAACUGCCACUUUUCCAAGCUGUUUGUAUGGCUGAAAGAGAACCGGCACAAGCUGCCAACAGGAAUGGAAGGGAUAGAGUGCUCCUUACCUCCGGAUGGACGUCGUGUUCCUCUCAGUUUACUCUCGGAGGACAGUUUCAGGGAGUGCCAGGGUACCCUCACCCUAACGGACUACCUCAUAGUCAUCUUUUCUGGGAUUUCAGUCUCCGUGGCAGCCAUCAUGGCCAGCUUCUUCCUUGCUUCCACAGUGCACUGCUUCCAGCGCCUGAGUAAAGGCAGCAAAGGAGAUGAGGAGGAGGGGAAUGACUGA